GUUUGGAUGGACCAUUUCGCAUCGAACUCAAACGCAGCCGCACAUAUUUGCCCUCGCCCCUUCUCCUUCUCUUUCUCCUUCUCCCUCCCUCGUCCCUCUCUCUCUCUUUUUCUUCUGCUGUGUUGUUUCGAUCGAUUUUCAAAGUGAAGUAGAAGAGAUCACCCUUAAGAUGUCGGGACGAAAGGAAACAGUUCUCGAUCUGGCGAAGUUUGUAGACAAGGGUGUCCAGGUCAAGCUAACUGGGGGAAGACAAGUCACAGGGACUCUAAAAGGGUACGAUCAGCUACUCAAUUUGGUACUCGAUGAAGCAAUAGAAUUUCUAAGAGAUCCUGAUGAUCCUCUGAAGACUACUGAUCAGACUAGGCGUCUUGGUCUUAUAGUUUGUAGGGGAACUGCAGUCAUGCUUGUAUCGCCAACCGAGGGAACCGAUGAGAUCGCCAACCCCUUCAUUCAGCCAGAUGGAGCUUAAUUGGUUCGCUGAUAUGCAUCUUAUUUUGAGGCAAUUUGGUCGUAUUUGUUGUAUUGCUGUUGGGAAUUGAAUUGCUAUUUAGGUGACUUCUGAAUUUGCCUUUGUAUCUCAGGAGCUGUCGUUUUGCGCUUUUAACCCUUCUCUGUCCGUAGUUUUCAUGGAGAAAACAUAUGUCGGUAAUUUUGAUGUUUGAUGGGUAACGAACGAGACAUACAGUUGACUAAUCAAAGGCUUGCGGGGCUUUUCAAAGUUCCUUUUUUAGGUCU